AUGGCCUCUAGGCCAGGAGGGUCAGCUACAGGAAGGGGUAAUCCAUCCCACGUCAGAGAACCCUUCCUGCAGAUGGUCCGGGCGAGUGAGCCUCUCCGGACCCACUGCACGUGGGCGCAGCGUGAGUUUCUCCUCCCCGAUGAGACCUGGGAGUUGCCCGGCUUCACGCCACAAACCUACCACCAGCUGGCCCUGAAGCUGCCACCCCACACAGACAUGAAGUCCAAGGUGCGCCACCAACUAAACCACCCUUGGAAGAAUGAAGUUGAGCACACCUGGGGCUUUCACACAUGGCUUGACGUAGGACAGCUGCCCGCCACCUUUCCCACCAGACCCGACAGGCCCUAUGACAGCAAUGUCUGGCGCUGGCUGACAGACUCCAGGGCCCACCGCCGGCUCCCAGCAGAGCCCUGCAUCCCGCCUCCCUCCUGGAUGGGCCAAAACAGCCUUCUAACUUUCAUCAGCUGUAAUCCUAUCUUCUUGGACAUGAAAAGGAAGAACCAGGUGAUUCUCAGGACAGUGAAGGAGCUGAGAGAGGUGGAGAAACUGAAGCUGAGGAGUGAAGCAAGGGCACCUCCCCUCGACACCAACGGGAACAUCCUGCCACCAAAGGACUUCAAGAAGUACCAACACAUCUCAGCUGGUGGAAGGAUUGAACCCCUCAGCCUCCAUCUCCUACCCAACCCACUUCCCAAUAAUUUUGCCAGGAGCUGGCCCUGCCCGAACCCUGUGCCUCAUUACCAGGAGAAGGCGCUAAAGCUGGCCUUGCUGCCAAGGGCACCCCUGACACAGGACCUCGUGAGGAAUUACCAAACCCUGAUAGAGGACCGCAUUGCCUUGCCCCUCCACUAUCUCUCCAAGGGACAGCCCAGCAAAGCUUUUUCGAGGAAGAGAAAGAGAAGACCUGGACAUACCUAG